AUGGCGGGCUUUGCACCACCGAAUGUGACAGCACAAUUCCACUCAAAGACCAAAAUCGAAGAGAAAGUGGACUACUCAAACCUCCCUUGCCCUAAACCCUACGAAGAUAUCCACCUCGAAGCUACCAAGUCUCUAAAGCCAGAACACUUUGAGGGUUUCCGCCUCGACUACACCAAGAGGAUGAACCAUAAGUUUUCUCUUAUUCAUAGCUUACUGAUGGGAAACAGUGAACGUCCUGCUGAACGAUCUCAGCAUAUUUUCAAGACUCCAACUUCCAGUUAUGAAUUUGGUGCAAAUUUCAUUGACCCAAAGUUGAUGCUUGACGGGAGGCUCAUGAUGGAUGGUACAGUUAUUGCGAGAUUCAAUAGCGUUUUAAAGGAGAACUUCACCAUCAAGACUACUGCUCACCUGACAAAUGAGCUAGAUAAGUCGCAAGGCGUGUUCACCGUUGAUUACAAGGGGUCCGACUACAGAACUCAGUUUCAGCUUGGAAACUACAGGAAUCAGUUUGAGCCUGGAACCAGCUCCCUGUUCAGAGCUAACUAUAUUCAGGUGUGA